CCUUCAAUUUACCACAACCAACACACACUCACAACUCAAAUUCCUCAUCUGAGAAACCUCGCCGGAGCCAUCACAAUGGCCGCCCUUCACCAAACCGCCGCUUCUCUCCAGGCCAAGCUCCUUCCAACCAUUCGAAUCUCCCGAACCACACCUGCAAACCUCUCCUUCUCCGCUACUUUUCCUUCUCGCCGACUCCGCCUCGGCCACCUCCGCUCUCACGCCGCCACUAAAAUGUCCACCAGCGCUGCCGGAAGCUACGCCACCGCGCUUGCGGAAGUCGCCGCCUCAAACGACACGCUCGAGGUCACAAGCGCGGAUGUGGAGAAAAUCGAGAGCGUGUUCGCGGAUCCGCAGUUGUUCGAUUUCUUCGCGAAUCCGACGAUUAAGGUCGAGAAGAAACUGGAGGUGGUUGAUGAGAUCGCUUCGUCGUUGUCUCUACAGCCGCAUACGGAAAAUUUCUUGAAGAUCCUGGUGGACGCGAAGAGGAUCGACAUCGUGAAGGAGAUCGUGACGGAGUUCGAAACAGUGUACAACAAAUUGACGAACACGGAACUUGCGGUGGUGAGUUCGGUUGUGGAAUUGGAGGAGCAGCAUUUGACGCAGAUCGCGAAGCAGGUGCAGAAAUUGAGCGGAGCGAAGAAUGUGAGGAUCAAGACGCAGAUUGAUCCAAGUCUUGUGGCUGGAUUCACUGUGAGGUUUGGAAAUUCUGGAUCGAAACUCAUUGAUUUGAGCGUUAAGAAGCAGCUUGAGGAAAUCGCUACUCAGCUUGAUCUCGGCAACAUUCAACUGACGGUAUAAAAUUUACAAUGCUUUUUCUGAAUUUUUGUUGAGUGGUGAUUGAUACUCUAUAUGUGAUGUAAUUUAUUCGAAUUGGUUGGAAAUCUUAAUUCAGAACUUGUGUAUCUAUUUGUUGGAAAUAAUCGUAGUUGUAUUGAAAUAAAAUAUUGUAGAACUGGUACUU